AUGAAUAAAAAAUCGAAUAACAAUUGUUGUGUUGUGAAUUGCAAUAAUACAUACAAAAAUACAACAAAUAUAAAAUUUUAUAAUUUUCCAAAUCGGGCACAUGAGAAAAAAACAAAAGACUGUUGGAUUAAAGCAGUUAACAGAGUUGAUAUUAAUGGAAAACCUUGGAUUCCAACAAAGAACAGUGUCAUUUGUAGUGCUCAUUUUGUUGGAAAUAAGAAAUCACUUGAUCCAAGGAGUCCUUCAUAUAUACCAACAAUAUUCCCAAAACUUUAUAGAAAGAAAUUGAAUGACCCAUUACAACAAAGUGCAAGAUAUGAACGAGCUAUUAAUCGUGGUGCCCUAGCUAUUGAAAAUCAAUCAAACAAUUCUGAUGAAGUUGUAGGAGUCUUACCCCUUAUAAUAGAUCAAAAUAAUAUAAAUACUUCAGUUAGUAUAUGUACACAAGUAGCAUUUGAUGUGCCUGAUGAUAAUUUUAUAUUUUCUUGUGAUUUUGAUGGUAAUAAUGUUAGCACUCAAGUAUCAAUUCCUAAAUUAUUUCAUAAUUUUACUAAACCUACUAUGGUUGAAAAAUCUUGUGGGUUAGAUUUUGAACAAUCAACAUUUUGUUUUUCUAAAAUUUCAUUUCAUGGGUAUGAUUCAAUCAAGUCAGAAAAUUCAUUAAAAGACUUAACUGGCACAACUUUUCAAAUAUUUAACUUUUUUUUGAAACUUUUACCUCAAAGUAAUAGAUUAAUUAUAAGUCAGGAAAAUACUCUUUUAAUUUGUUUGAUGAAAUUAAAACUUGGACUAACAUAUUCAUCUUUAAGCACAUUUUUUUCGAUUCACAGAACAACUGUUAGUAGGGUUUUUUCAGAGUGUUUACUAUUUUUAAGUCAGAAAUGUAAACAUUUAAUAUUUUGGCCCAGUAAAAGUACAAUAAUGGAAACGUUACCAGAAGUUUUUAAAAAAAAUUACCCAAAUUGUAGGUGCAUUAUUGACUGCACAGAAAUUCGGUCAGAACAGCCUAAAACUGUGGAGCAGAGGGUUUGUAUGUAUUCACAUUAUAAAGGAGGAUAUACUAUUAAAGUACUUGUUGCCAUUACUCCAAAUGGAAUGGUUAGCUUUUUGUCUAAAUCGUAUGGUGGUAAAUCCAGUGACAGUUAUAUCACUAACGAUUCUGGUUUUUUGAAUAAACUUGAACCUGGAGACCCGGUCCUUGCAGAUAAGGGGUUUCCAGGGAUAAAAACAGGUGUUGAUGAUCAGAAUAGUAUUCUUGUAAUUCCUCCCAUGCUCCAUAAUGGUAGAUUUACCGAGGAAGAAGUUCUAAGUACUUAUAAUGUUGCUAGUGUGAGAAUACAUAUUGAGAGGCUUUUUGCUAGGUUAAAAACAUUUAAUGUACUUAAUAAAAUUACAUCUGAUCUAUUGGUAUAUAUAGAUAACAUUUUAUUUAUGUGUUGUGUGUUAGUAAAUUUAAGCAAUCCAAUAAUAAAACAAUAA